AAAAUAGCCUGAAAAUGUGUGUGUUUGAUAAACCACUUUAUAGACCUCAGCUCAUCACACUAGUGUGUGUGUAUGUGGAUGGGAACGUGAUCAGCUGUGGUGAAAGAGGAGCUGUCCAAUCAGGCAGUCAUGGGACAGAAGAACGUCCAUCCUAAGAUUUUCCCUGGGGACAUUGUGGAGUAUCGCAGGAAUAAGUACUUCUCCCACUUUGGAAUUUAUUAUGGAGAAAGAGAUGGUGUUCCCUACGUGGCUCAUCUCACGUGCAGAGACUCCGAUGCAAAGAUGCUGAUGUUUGGACGAGCCAUGAGGUCAGAGGUCAAACUGGACCCUUUGGAGGUGGUGGGAUGCAAAUACAAGGUGAACAACAUGCUGGACGGGGCCUUGCCUGCAAGGGACUACCACACCGUGGUGAAGCCCGCCAUCGACGACCUACUGGGCAAGGAGAUCACCUUCGACAUCCUGUUUCACAACAGCGAGCACCAGGCCACCCUCCUGAGAUACGGAGUCAAGAAGUCUGAACAGAUUGAAAGAGUCUACAAACACAUCAUGCCAGCAUGGAAGGACCUGUUUAGGAAGAAUAAGCUUUAACACCAGUGAUGCCCAAUUCUGCAGUACUAUCUUAUAGCCAGCAGGUGGCAGCAGAAACCCUCUGCUGAUAUUUAAGAUACAAUGAAUGUCAGAAUGUAUUUCACUCAUUUCACCUGUUACAUCUAAAUAGAUUCAUGGUGAAACGUGAGCAGUGAAUAAAAGACAGUUGAAAUGUGAUUUUUAAACUGUGCAGUUUACACUUUACUUAUACACAGCUUUAUGUAGGCAAUUUCUCCACUAGGGUCAAUCAUCUUUUCCUCUCUGUCUCUGUCCCUCCCUCCCAGCCUCCCUCUUUUUCCGUCUCUCUCUCUCUCUCUCUCUCUCUCUCUCUCUCUCUCUCUCUCUCUCUCUCUCUCUCUCUCUCUCUCUGUGUGUCUCUCUCUCCCUUUGUCGCUCAGUAGACAUGAGCAGAGACAGUUCUGACCCUCAUGAGCAGAGUGAUAAACCUUCAUACUGACAAUUAAACUCCACCCAGCUUUCCCUUAAACAUUACUGUUCUGAACACACACACACACACACACUUUCAUUGCAAUAUUUUUUUGGCUACUGAUUUAAUAGAGCCAUCCCUCUUAGCCUUUUGUUCAAAUUUGGAACCUUAUAGUCACAUGUACAUACAGUGUAUGAUCUGUAGUCAGGCCAAUGAACCAACAUUAUGUCUACUUGCAAUAACGUUUUUUUAUUUUAUUUUAGGUAAAUCAGUUGUCAGGAUACUGUUUUAUUAUUAUUUUGUAAUAAAAAUAUAAAGAACAAG